AGUGAUGACGUCACCGUCCUCCCCUGCAGGCAUCGCAACUUUAAUUAAAAAAAAAAAAAGUAUUAAAAAUGUUAAAACGAAAAAAAAGAUAAAAGUAGGUUUCACAGCAGUGGACUCGUUUUUCAAAAUGAAGUCCAGCCGCCACAGUGUCCCGCACGGAGCUGUCAAUAAAGUUGUGCUUUCAAAGUCAACAGGCCCAGUGUCAUGGCGGCUCCUGAGGUGGACGGCCGGAGCUGGUUUCCAGUGUUAGCACUGGGAGUCUCUCUGCUCAAAUGUCUCUUCAUCAGCGCCUAUCAUUCCACAGACUUUGAGGUGCACAGGAACUGGUUGGCGAUCACGCACAGUCUGCCGGUGUCCAGGUGGUACUAUGAGAACACGUCUGAGUGGACUCUGGACUACCCUCCGCUGUUCGCCUGGUUUGAGUUCGGCCUGUCCCACGUGGCUCAGCACUUCGACAGAAACAUGCUGUUGGUGGAGAAUCUGAACUACGCCAGCCCGUCCACGGUGCUCUUCCAGAGGCUGUCGGUCAUUUUCACUGACGUGGUUUUUAUCUACGCUGCCAGAGAGUGCUGCAGGUGUGUUCAGGAGCAGAAAGGCUCUCGGGACGUUCUGAACCGGCCGUCCUUCGUCCUGGCUGUUCUGCUGCUCUGGAACUUCGGCCUCCUCGUCGUGGACCACAUUCAUUUCCAGUACAACGGCUUCUUGUUUGGUUUCCUGCUGCUGUCAGUGGCAAAACACCUGCAGUCUCGGCACCUGCAGGGGGCGCUGCUGUUCUCCGUCCUGCUCAACCUGAAGCACAUCUACCUGUAUGUGGCUCCGGCCUAUGGCACUUACCUGCUGAGGAGUUACUGCUUUACUCAGGACAACAAAGACGGUUCUGUCAGGUGGAGGAGUUUCAGUCCGCUCCGUCUGCUGGCUCUGGGCGGCAUCGUGGCCUCCGCCUGCGCUCUGUCCUUUGGCCCGUUCAUUGUCAUGGGUCAGCUCCCUCAGGUCCUGUCCCGUCUCUUCCCCUUUAAGCGGGGCCUCUGUCAUGCCUACUGGGCCCCCAACAUCUGGGCCCUCUACAACGUGCUGGACAAAUGCCUGGCGACGCUCGGUGUCCGUCUGAAGCUGCUGGACGAGACGGAGCUUCCCCGCGCCUCCAUGACGGGCGGGCUGGUUCAGGAGUUCCAGCACUCGGUCCUCCCCUCCGUGUCUCCGUCUGUCACACUCGUCUGCACUCUUCUGUCCAUCCUGCCGGCGGCGGCGUCCAUCUGGCGUCGUCCUCGCGGCGCCCGGGGUUUCCUGCGGUGCCUGCUGCUCUGCGCUCUGGGCUCCUUCAUGUUCGGCUGGCACGUCCACGAGAAGGCCGUCCUCAUCGCCAUCCUGCCUCUCAGCAUCCUGGCGGUUGAGAGCAGAGAGGAUGCUGGGAUCUUCCUGGUUCUGACCACCACGGGUCAUUACUCCCUGUUCCCGCUGCUCUUCACCCCCGCAGAGCUGCCCAUCAAAGUGGUUCUGAUGCUGAUGUUUACGGUCUACUCCUUCACUGCUCUGAGGAAACUCUACAGCGGUCAGGGGUCUCUGCUCCAUCCCCCGGAGGUCGUCUACCUGCUGGGUCUGGUUGCCGUGGCAAUCGCCUGCGAGGUCGUCUUCCCUCUGUCACCGUGGCGACAGAAGCUGCCCUUCCUCCCCCUGCUGGCGACCUCGGUGUACUGCUCCGUGGGCGUCUGCUACUCCUUCCUGCGUCUGUACGUCAGUCUGCUGAGGCAGGGGGAGAAGCCCAAACAGCCGUGAGACGCCGUCCUGUACCUGACAGGUCGCAGGUUAGAUCCCCAGCACACUUACAGCCGUCCUGCACACUGAGCGAGACACCGAGUCUGUACAGAACCAACCGACCUGCUGUGUGUUGGGCUGCAAUAUGAUCAAUACAAGACACAAACAAACCCAUCACUACCCAGCUGGAUGUUAUUGAAGGUCCAAAAGUUGUACCUCUUCUCAAAUUUACCAACUGUUUUUAUUUCACUUUUUGUUCACAUCCGGAUUAAAGUACAAGUUAUCGUUGGUAGUAUUCAUCUCGUGAAACGUCUAAAGUUUCCGUUGAUAAUAUCACAUUCAUCUGAUCUUGGAUUUGCAGACUGCAAAUGUAGAACAGAAAGUCUGAGCUGCAGUUUGUGGAGGAGACAGACUCAGUCAGCGGAGCACAGCCGUUAACUGCCAGUGCAGCAAAGUAAGGGUUAAAUUUAACAACCUGCGGAGGCGCCUGGCGGAUCGUGUUGACGCCGAAUUCACCGGUGGUUCACACCGGCUCCGUCAAAAUACCCGUAGACCGGGGAAAAAUGGAGGGGGGGGUAGUAGGAGCCAGUGGAGCAGGAAACACUCCACAGACAUCAGCAGAUUCUGGAGGCAAACGUCCUGCAGUCAGUCAGGAACGUGACAGUGAAAAGAGGCUGGUUUCUACAGCAGGACAAGGAUCCAAAGCAGACCUCAAAAUCCACCGUGAACCACUUCAAGAAAGCCCCGCAGCCCCCCUGACCUGAACAUCUCUGAAAGCCUGAACCAGAAAGACGCUGAGCUGCUACAAAGUGUCUGCAGGCUGUGAUAUCUGUCAGAAGGGGGUCACUGAGUACAGACUCUGCGUCCAAACUUGUGUCACAAUUACUGUUUAAUUGUUUUCUAUUUUUUAAGUGAAGUUGAUGAAAUAACAACAACAGCAGCAACAUUUAACGAGAGGCUCAUCGUUAAAGCCUGUUUGCCGCAGACGCUGGAUUCACUUCUCUUUCCUUCAAAAAUCAACUGUUUGCAUUCAACUCUGUUUCUCUGGACUUGAGCUUCCAUACAGGAAAUGACAGCACACCAGCUGUUACAAAAACACAUUUUUGUGUCUCUUGUAAUUAGUAAUCACUUUGGAUGAAUAUAAAGCCAAUCAAUAUCUCAGCAGCAGCUUCUCAUGUUUAUCCGGCGCUGACGUCACUUUCACCGGUUACAACGACCAGCGUCUCCGGCUGCAGGUCACGUCAGCUUCACUGAUUAAUGAGAGUGAGACGUCCCCUCUAAUAAACCGUCAGCUGAUCUCAGCUCAGUUUCAGGAGUCACAUUCUCCAGUUAAACGUUUGUUCAUAUCAGAUCAGUAAUUUAAACCGAUCAACUCUGUAGUUUUGAGCUUCAGUGAUUGGAUCAAACAGCUCGUGAAAAAGUAAGUUGUCAGAUUUAGUUUCUGUUAUUUCACUGUCACUGUCAUAUUUAAUCAGUUUAUUUAAUUUAAUCAUAUUUAAUCGACUAUCGGCCGAUAAUCGAUAUUAAAGGACAGGAUCAGAAUCAGGAUCAGGCCUAUCCCCCGGCCUUAACUACAGACUAUAAAUUGUCUGCAUGACACUGUACGGAUGCUACGCUGCUGGAAGGAUGCAACUCUAAUGAUACAAUCAGCUGAAAUAUUUUUUGUUUUGUUAAUAUUUUAACCUGGAGCCUGUGAAACAGAAACAGGAGCCAGAAUUGAAGUGUAGCUUCUGGACUCGUAAAACUGGCUGUGACUUCACCUCGAACCACCAGGUGGACGAAACAAACGGACCACUAGUGAAGGACUAUGUCAUGGUUUUAAUGAAAGGCCAUUGUGGACCAAAGCAGAGCUGAAAGACAGAUGAUGAUGAUGAUGACGAUGACGAUGUUUGUUUUUUCUAUA